CUUCUGGGUCAGGCAAGAUGACCACCCUGCAGGUGGGCGAUUGCGCUGCUGCAGGAGGUGGCAGAGCCGGAUAAGCGGCGCGGGCAGGCGCGCGGCCACCUCCCCCGCACGCAGGUCUGUCCCCACGGCCGGGCGGGGCGCGGGCAGGGGCGGAGCCUCGAGGCGGAGCCGCCGCCUUGGCCGCGGACCUUCAGCCGCUGCCACUGCUCGGAGCCGCGGGCCGGAGAGCCACCAAGAUGCCGGGAGACAUGGACAAGCCACUGCUCAGCCAUCGCCUGGUGGAGAGCGACGGCAGCCUCGCUGAAGCCCCCAAUGAGGUCCCCAAAGUGGGCAUCCUGGGCAGUGGGGACUUUGCUCGCUCCCUGGCCACACGCCUGGUGGGGUCCGGCUUCAGCGUGGUGGUGGGGAGCCGCAACCCCAAACGCACGGCUGGGCUGUUCCCCUCAGCAGCACAAGUGACCUUCCAGGAGGAGGCGGUGGGCACCCCCGAGGUCAUCUUCGUGGCCGUGUACCGCGAGCACUACUCCUCACUCUGUGGUCUCAGCGACCAGCUCGCUGGCAAGAUCCUGGUGGAUGUGAGCAACCCCACAGAGCAGGAGCAUCUCCAGCACCGCCAGUCCAACGCCGAGUACCUGGCUUCGCUCUUCCCCGCCUGCACUGUGGUCAAGGCCUUCAAUGUCAUCUCCGCCUGGACCCUGCAGUCCGGCCCGCGAGACGGGAACAGACAGGUGCCCAUCUGCAGCGACCAGCCGGAAGCCAAGCGCACGGUUUCCUCCUUGGUGCACGCCCUGGGUUUCACGCCCGUGGACAUGGGGUCCCUAGCCUCGUCCCGGGAGGUGGAGGCCAUGCCCCUGCGCCUCUUCCCGGGCUGGAAGGUACCCACUCUCCUGGCCCUGGGGCUCUUCGUCUUUUUCUUUGCCUACAACUUCGUCCGGGACGUGCUGCAGCCCUACGUGCAGGCGAACAAUAACAAGUUCUACAAGAUCCCCGUGGCCGUGGUCAACACCACGCUGCCGUGCGUGGCCUACGUGCUGCUGUCGCUGGUCUACCUGCCCGGCGUGCUGGCGGCGGCCUUGCAGCUACAGCGCGGCACCAAGUACAGCCGCUUCCCCGACUGGCUGGACCACUGGCUGCAGCACCGCAAGCAGAUAGGCCUGCUCAGCUUCUUCUGCGCGGCCCUGCACGCCGUCUACAGCUUCUGUCUGCCGCUGCGCCGCGCCCACCGCUACGACCUGGUCAACCAGGCCGUCAAGCAGGUCCUGACCAAUAAGAGUCACCUGUGGAAUGAGGAGGAAGUCUGGAGGAUGGAGAUCUACCUGUCGCUGGGCGUGCUGGCCCUCGGCACGCUGGCCCUGCUGGCCGUCACCUCGCUGCCGUCCAUUGCGAACUCGCUCAACUGGAGGGAGUUCAGCUUCGUGCAGUCCAACCUGGGCUUCAUGGCCCUGGUGCUGAGCACGCUGCACACCCUCACCUACGGCUGGACGCGCGCCUUCGAGGAGAGCCGCUACAAGUUCUACCUGCCUCCCACCUUCACCCUCACGCUGCUGGUGCCCUGCGUGGUCAUCCUGGCCAAAGGCCUCUUCCUCCUGCCCUGUGUCGGCCGCAGACUCUCCAAGAUCCGGAGGGGCUGGGAGAAGGACGGAGCCGUGCAGCUCACAGUGCCCAUGAACCACACCCUGGCUGAGAAGACGAGCCACGUUAUGCACAAGAGUUACUUCUAGUUCUGCACUCAGGAUCACUCCUGGUGGUGCUCAGAGGGCCAUAGAGGACAGCCUGCAAGACUAGCACCCUACUCGGUGUACUAUCUCCCUAGCCCCUUAUAUUUAAGAUUGUACCCAAUGCAAAAGAAGAAAAUAAUAAAACAAAUAAAUGGCAUAUGUAUUAUAGGAAAGAAAGGAGUUAUUUACCAGCAACUAUACUGAAGUUCCUGUUAUUAUUUAUAUACAGCAUAUCACUUCUGGUAGAAAGAAUUGUAUAAAAUCCUUAUAAAUAAAAGAGAUUAGCAAUUUUUCAUUAUGUCCAAAAGUUAAUUAAAACCAUGUCUGGAAAACCAAAGAAAGCACAAGAAUGAUGUAUCAAAAAAAAAAAAAGAAUGAUGUAUCAGAGAGUAUCAAUAAAGAGACAGAAAUCCACCACAUGGCCUGAUCUUGUACUUUUCUACUUCCAGAACUAUGAGAAAAUAAAUUUGUUAGUCAUGACACACAUUCUCUGGUAUUUGUUAUAGAAGUCUUAGGUGACUACAAACAUGGAGGCAAGAAUGCAUAAAGAUGUUUGAUUUAAAGUGCUUAAAGAUAAAACCAGUCAACAAAGAAUUCCAUAGCCAACAAAACUAUUCCUGAAAAAUGAAAGGACCAGAGAGAUAGUACAGAGGGUAGAGCACUUGCCUUGCACACAGCUAACCAAGGUUUGAUCCCCAGAGCCCCAUAUGUUCUCCCAAGCCCUGCCAGAAGUGGUCCUUGAGCUUGAAAUAUUGAAUAUAAUCAAAGUAAAGUGAAAGUAAAGUGAAA